AUGAGCGCCAUUUAUAAACUAUCUAUCCAGGGUAUACGAUCCUUCGACUCUAAUGAUAGGGAGACAAUCGAAUUUGGUAAACCGUUGACUUUGAUAGUCGGUAUGAAUGGCUCUGGUAAAACAACCAUUAUCGAAUGUUUGAAAUACGCCACCACGGGUGAUCUACCACCCAAUAGUAAAGGCGGAGUUUUUAUUCAUGAUCCAAAAAUAACUGGUGAGAAGGACGUAAGAGCUCAGGUCAAGCUCGCAUUCACGAGUGCUAAUGGCCUUAAUAUGAUUGUUACCAGAAAUAUUCAGCUGCUGAUGAAGAAAACAACCACCACAUUCAAGACGCUGGAGGGCCAAUUGGUCGCUAUAAACAGCAGCGGUGACCGCAGUACCUUGUCUACCAGGUCAUUAGAAUUGGACGCUCAAGUUCCCCUUUAUUUGGGUGUCCCGAAGGCCAUCUUGGAGUACGUGAUCUUCUGUCAUCAGGAAGACAGUCUUUGGCCACUGAGUGAACCGUCCAAUCUGAAAAAGAAGUUUGAUGAGAUUUUCCAGGCCAUGAAAUUCACAAAGGCUUUGGACAAUUUGAAAUCCAUAAAGAAAGACAUGUCCGUAGAUAUUAAAUUAUUGAAACAGUCAGUGGAGCAUUUGAAGUUAGACAAGGACAGAUCCAAGGCAAUGAAACUCAAUAUUCACCAAUUACAGACCAAAAUAGAUCAGUACCAUAAAGAAGUGUCCCAAAUCGAAUUUCAAUUGAGCGAGAUUACUGGGCAAUCAGAUAAAUUAUUUAAAUCGAAUCAAGAUUUCCAAAAAAUUCUAUCCAAAGUGGAAAACUUGAAAAACGCAAAAAUAUCGAUCAGUGAUCAGGUGAAAAGAUUGUCAAACUCCAUUGAUAUUAUAGACCUUUCCAAACCAGAUUUACAAAACCUGUUAGAUAACUUCUCCAAAGUCUUAAUGGAUAAGAAUAAUCAAUUAAAAGAUCUAGAAGCGAGUACUUCCAAUUUGAAAGACCGGCAAUCUUCCCUACAAAAUCGCUCUAAUUCUCUCAUAAGAAGACAGGGUGAACUAGAAGCUGGUAAGGAGACAUAUGAAAAGAACUUGAAUCACCUUUCCUCGCUAAAGGAAGCCUUCCAGCACAGAUUUCAGGACCUUUCAGAUAUUAAAAACAACGAUAUGGCCCAAAUAAACCACAAGAUGUCGCAAUUCAAGGCUUUCAUCUCACAUGAUCUAACCAACACUGCAAAAAAGUUUGAAGAAGAAAUUCAGUUGAAGGAGACAAGCUUAUCGGAAUUGGUAAAGUCAAUAACCGUCGAUUCACAAAAUUUGGAAUAUAAUAAAAAAGAUAGAACAAAAUUAAUAUGCGAUACGGAAGAACUUGCUGAAAAAAUAAGAUCCUUCAAAAAUUCGUUCACUGAAGAUGAUCUCAAGAAUGAAUUAGAAAACUUGAAGACUUACAAAGAAAAGUUGCAGACUUGGGAAAAUGAAAAUAUCAUACCCAAAUUAAAUCAGCAAAUUGAAGAGAAGAAUAAUGAAAUGAUAAUUUUAGAGAACCAAAUCGAGAAAUUCCAAGAUCGUAUAAUGAAAACUAAUCAACAGGCCGACUUAUAUGCCAAACUAGGUCUGAUAAAGAAAUCCGUCGGUGCCAAAUCAGAUGAAUUGCAAAAAAUCAUACAAACAUUACUGAAUAAUUCAAAAAUAAGACAGAUUUUUCCAAUUAUGCAAGAUUUUAAACAAGACUUCCAAGGGUCUGAUUUAGAAAUGGAUUUUCAGAAAUUGUUUAUUAAUAUGCAAAAGAAUAUUGCUAUCAACAAUAAGGAGAUGCACGAAAUUGAUAGGAAAUAUACCAAUGCCUUAUAUAAUUUCAAUACCAUAGAAAAAGAUUUACAAGAGAACCAGCAAUCAAAACAGAAAGUGACACAGCUCUUAAACGAAAACUUACCAGAAGAUUGUACGAUUGAUGAAUAUAGCGAUGUCCUGGAAGAAAGUGAACUCUCCUACAAGACUGCAUUGGAGAACCUGAAAAUGCAUCAAACCACCUUAGAAUUCAAUAGGAAAGCCCUAGAAAUUGCCGAACGUGACAGCUGCUGUUAUUUGUGUUCAAGAAAAUUUGAAAAUGACUCGUUUAAAAGCAAAUUAUUACAGGAAUUGAAAAUUAAGACAGAUGCAAAUUUUGAGAAAUCUUUAAAAGAUACUGUUCAAAAUGAAAAGGAAUACCUUGAUAGUUUAAGGCUGUUGGAUAAACAUAUCAUAUCAUUGAGUUCGAUAAAUGAAAAAAUCAAUAAUUCCCGCGAACAUCUUGAAAAAGCUAAUGAAGAAACUAAAUCUUCUAAAUUGAAACUCUAUGAACUGGAAACGAAGUCCACAACUCUGAGAAACGACAAAGAGUUUGCCGAAUCUGACAUCCGUCCAUUAAUUGAGAGAUUUACCUAUGUAGAAAAGGAGAUCAAAGAUCUUGAGAAUAAUUCUAAAUCAAUAUCUGAUGAAUUAUCAAUUUACAGCACCAGUGGAGAUGGUAUUCAAACUGUUGAUGAGUUAAGGGACCAACAAAGAAAGAUGAAUGAUUCUUUACGUCAAUUGAGGAAACACAUUUUGGGUAUUCAGAUGGAAAAGGAUGAAAAAGUGAAAGAAAGUUCAAGAAUCAUUAGCUUAACUAAGGAAAAGGAGCUAAAGGUUUCUGAAAUUGAAUCCUCUUUAACACAGAAGCAAAACAUUGAUAAUUCUAUAAAAUCUAAAGAGGUGAACAUUAAAGAUAUUGAUUCCAGAGUUGAAGCCUUAGAAUCACGUAUAGUUUCUUUACAAAAUAAAAGAGAUGAAUCCAAGAAUGUUUUAGACCAAUUGAAAAAUGAGCGUGAUCUUCAAAUAAGCAGUAAACAAAAAAAUGUGGCAGACGUCAACCGAUUGAUAGAUAGAUAUCAAACCAUCUAUAAGGAAGUUAUUGAUUUCGAAUCUAAGGGUUUCAACGAAUUACAAACAACGGUAAAAGAGUUGGGGUCAAACAAAGUUCAAAUGCAGGAACUGAAGGAACAACUUGAUGUCAAAAUGAACGAAGUAAAUGAGGAAAAGAGAAAACUUGCCGACUCGAAUAAUGAAGAGAAAAACUUGAGGCAAAAUCUGGAAUUAAUUGGAUUGAAAUCACAGUUCCAAAAUAUUGAAUCUGAGAUCAAUAGACUAGAUGUUCAAAAUGCGGAAGCUGAAAGAGACAAAUAUCAGGAGGAAUCGUUAAGACUAAGAACUAAUUUUGAAAAACUAAGCUCUGAGAAUGCAGGUAAGCUGGGAGAAAUGAAGCAACUACAGAAUCAAAUAGAUUCAUUGACUCACCAACUACGGACCGAUUAUAAAGAUAUCGAGAAGAAUUAUCAUAAAGAGUGGGUUGAAUUACAAACAAGAUCUUUUGUCACUGAUGACAUAGAUGUUUAUUCUAAAGCAUUGGAUAGUGCCAUUAUGAAAUAUCAUGGAUUAAAAAUGCAAGAUAUAAACAGAAUCAUUGACGAAUUGUGGAAACGCACGUAUAGCGGUACUGAUAUAGAUACCAUCAAAAUUAGGUCAGAUGAGGUUAGUAGUACAGUGAAGGGCAAAUCAUAUAACUAUCGCGUUGUAAUGUAUAAACAGGAUGUUGAACUAGAUAUGAGAGGGAGAUGCUCCGCUGGUCAAAAGGUUCUAGCGUCAAUCAUCAUCAGGUUGGCUCUAUCUGAAACAUUCGGCGCAAAUUGUGGUGUUAUUGCCUUAGACGAACCUACAACCAAUUUGGAUGAAGAAAACAUCGAAAGUUUAGCGAAAUCAUUACACAAUAUAAUCAAUAUGAGAAAGCAUCAAAAAAAUUUCCAGCUAAUUGUCAUCACUCAUGAUGAGAAAUUUUUAAGCCAUAUGAAUGCAGCGGCAUUUACCGACCACUUUUUCAAGGUCAAGAGAGAUGACAGGCAAAAAUCACAAAUUGAAUGGGUGGAUAUCAAUAGAGUUACCUAUUAA